AUGGUGCCCACCGUGAGGAGUGGCUGCCAGGCUGGGAGGCGCUGUAACUUGAAGGCUGUCUUGUCCAGCUUGUGGCUCUUGACGGUGUCUCCAACAGACCUGCCUGCUCUGGACAACCCGCCACCACUGCUUUCCCUGGACAUGCCCGGAGGAAACACCCAACAGAUGCCUGUCCACCACUGCCUCCAUGUAAUUACCAUGGAGACACUUUUCUGCCCCUACAUGGAUGGAAAUCUUGAAGGGCAUGGCCAGGCCUCUAGGCCCGCUGCCCCACCUGCACCUUUCCUGGAUUCCUCCCGCGACGCCCGGCAGCCCUCCGUGGCUGGAAGGAGCUCCUCAGAUGCACGGAGCUCUGGCAGGUCGAGCAGGCCUGCGCCCCUGCCAUGCACCUCCUUGGGGACCCUCUCAGCCGUGAAGACGGGGCAGGUAGGAGCCUGUCUCUGUCCCCAACAUUUCGCCAGGAGCCAAAACUCUACAGAGCCUGUGACAACUCAACCCAGUCCUGCAGGCGCAGCCACAUCCAGUAUCACCACCAUCAUACACACUGGGGGCAACUGGUCUACUGGCUUGUUUGAUGUCUGCAGUGACAAGAAAGUUUGUGUGUGCGGUUCACUCUGCUGCCCGAUCUUAGAAUGCAGUCUUGCAAGCCGCCACGGAGAGUGCUUUUGUUUCCCGCUGUUGCAGGGCUCCACCAUGGCAUUAAGAGCUGGCAUCAGAGAGAGAUAUAGAAUUCAUGGAACACUCUGUGAAGACUGGAUGGCAGUUCAUUGCUGCUGGCCUUUUGCGGUCUGCCAAAUGGCCCGAGAAAUGAAGAGGAGACCUAUAUUCCAGCUCUACAAAGUGCACCAAUCUUUGCCGCCACCUCUAUUCAAAAGUGCCCUUGUUUAAAAACUUCCCAAAGAUAGUGCUUUCCCCUAGAAUGCCAAUUUUUUAAUGUAAUAAAUUUCUUAACCUA